AACUCUUUAUUUUGGCGGAAGCAUGAACUUGACCCGGAAGUUGUUAGUGAACGUCUUCACACUGGAGGAAAUUAAAAAAUGGCAGAGCGCGGAUAUAGUUUCUCUCUUACGACUUUUAGCCCUUCUGGGAAACUGGUACAGAUUGAAUAUGCCUUGGCGGCUGUGGCAGCUGGUGCACCUUCUGUAGGAAUCAAAGCCUCCAAUGGUGUGGUGUUGGCAACAGAGAAGAAGCAAAAAUCCAUACUUUAUGAUGAGCAAAGCGUUCACAAAGUGGAGCCAAUAACUAAAAACAUUGGUAUGGUGUACAGUGGUAUGGGUCCUGACUACAGAGUCCUGGUCAGGAGAGCCAGGAAACUGGCCCAGCAGUACUUCCUGGUUUACCAAGAGCCCAUUCCUACAGGCCAGCUAGUGCAGAGGGUGGCCUCGGUCAUGCAGGAGUACACACAGUCAGGAGGUGUACGUCCAUUCGGAGUGUCAUUGCUCAUCGCUGGUUGGGAUGAGGACAGACCAUACCUCUUUCAGUCUGAUCCUUCGGGUGCGUACUUCGCCUGGAAAGCCACAGCAAUGGGAAAGAACUAUGUGAACGGAAAAACGUUCCUUGAAAAAAGAUACAACGAAGACCUGGAACUUGAAGACGCCAUACACACAGCUAUCUUGACCUUGAAGGAAAGUUUUGAGGGACAAAUGACGGAAGAUAACAUUGAAGUGGGCAUCUGUAAUGAAGCUGGAUUUCGUAGACUUUCACCUGCUGAAGUGAAGGAUUAUCUGUCAGCAAUUGCAUAAAAAAAACUGCAGCUAUACAAGUGUGCUUGUUUUUUUUUUCACUGUUCAAAAAACCUCUAUAAUUCUGAAUAACAGCAUUUUUAUUACUUGUAUAUCUACUCCUCUUCUUUGUACAAGAACACAGACUAUCAAUAAAUGUUAUGACUCAC